AUGCGCCGCGGUAGUUCGGCAGCCUUGGGCGCGGAUGGCAUCCGAAUGCACAUUUUCAUGGACCGCGCGCAUGGCAGCUUCGAUCGCGCCUUGCAGCAGCAGCAGCAGCAGCACACUGCAAAGCUGGAUCGCAGCCAAGCCACGGAGAAUGACUCACUGUCAGCACUGCCGCUCGAUUGGGAAGGCGAGCGGUCUCGACGCGGAGAGACGGAGCGCAGCGGUGAUGCGGGCCGGCCGAUGGAUGGGCGCGACUCGCCAAGGGAAUUCAAGAUCGACACGGCACAGCGCAGCGAGGCUGAGGAUGCGUUUCUUAAAAUCGCCCGAUCGCCACGAGCAGCGUGCUUGUCACUCAACUCGGAGGCACGCGUGGCCAGCCCAGCCGCCGCCGCCGACGACGAUCUUGAAAUUUGGAGAGGCGCGCGCGCCAGCAAAGCUGCGAUGCCAAGGGCCAUGCGAUCCAGAAACCACGGCUGGGGAACAAAGCUGGUCUGGCCGUGCCUCAUCAAAACAAGGCGUCAUGCGCAGCCCAAGCUAGAAGAACAUCAAUCGUCGACGUUGCCUUCGAGCAUCGCCGUUCGAGUCAAGUGCUCGAUUCCAAGCGCUGCUUUCGCAUUGUCCAUCGCCCCAAGCACUUCAUAUGGCCGGCGGUCGCGGAGCAACCGAGAUGAUCAUCGGACAAAGUCGCCGCAUCCUGCAGAGCGGCGAAAUAAGCGGCAUCCAUCCGGGACAGCUUUAGGCUCACCACCGGCUGAAGCUAAGCUUCCAUGCGACUCGAUCUUCGCACUCGACCCGCACGCACCGAUGCUGCCUUCAUCGGCUUGCGCGCAUCGACGACGCAUGGCACUGGGUCACUGUCGGCCCUCGUUUGUCGUCACCAUAGCCAGUCAUCGUUUGGCCAAAGGUGGACGCCCGGCCAAAGCUUCGAUGUCAGCACACUCGUUGGCUGUGCCCACAUCAUACACGGUGCAUACGGCCGCUCCGAGUGAUUUGGGAGGGAGCCCAAACGGGCUUGCGCCUACGCCUGAGCAACACCGGGCCUCGACCCGACUCGUCUCUCUGUCGCUGCUCUGCCUUGCUGUGCCUCUCGUCUGCGAUCCCGGCAUGAGCUCGCAGCUGGACAUCCAGAUCGUCGGGAGCUGGGUGCGCCAUCCCCGACUGUGCCGGAGCAUCGGCCCCACCGACAACGCUUUAUUCGCACUCAUGGCAAGUGUAACACUCUCUGCUGCUCAGCUGCGCAGCCGCUCAGUCACGUUGACGCCUGCCAAUAAAGCGCACCCCCUCACCACGCCAUCCUCGCCGGUAACCCCCUCCCAUCCCCUCGCUGCCAGCCCCUGCCCCUUCGUCCUGCUCGUUGCUGCUCCGUCUUACCAUCUUGCGACCACCAUCUCCGUACGCCAUAUCGACCAAACAUCAACUAACCCAAUCCACUCGCGCCGGCCCUCGCUGUUCUUAACAAUUCGCUCUGCGCACCAUCCUCUCGCCUCCGACUGGUCUGCCACAUUGGAGCUUUAG